AUGACAGACGCAAAAGUUGAAAUAAACGGAAUCUCCUUCUUAAAAAUCGAGAAAAAUAACUUAACUCAGCAUCUCUUUCCAGAGGAAACAGAAUUUUUUAAAUGCUGUACAUGUCUUAAGCUUCUUCCAAGACCUCAAGCAGAAACCCAUCAAUGUAAGCCAGCACAAAUGGAAAUAGACAAGACCUUAUUUGAUCAAGUCGGCCCAGAAAAAUACAAGUGCCAAGUGUGUUCUAAAGUUUUGCAUAAUCUUCUAUUAAAAGCUCAUGCUUUUGCACAUUCAAAUGCAAAGGUUAAACAACCAAUUCCAAUAAUUAGCAAGCCUGAAGAAAAAACUCAAGCAAUGGAAAUAGAAGAAACGCUUGUUAUUUCAUCAGCUCCACAGCAAAAUAAUGAUGUUGAAAAUCAAAAUGGCUCAAAUACUGUAGAAACACCCACACCAAAUUUAGACUCGUUUGUUAAAAUUGCAAUGGAAAACAUUGAAAAGACAAAAAAACCAGAUAAGGCAGCAUUCUGUAAAUCUUUUAUUAAGUCAACUGAAAACGCUAUUAAAAAAAGUUCUAAAGCUACUUCUUCGCAAGAUGAGGUCAACCAAAAAAUAUUAACAAAUGGAGAAGAUAUCCAACAAUUAUCAAAAAAUGAAGAAGAGACCAAAAAAAUAUCAAUUUCAGCAAAUGAAGAUCUAAACCAAAAAGUGUCAAAGCUCGUAGAGAUAAACCAAAAAGUAUCAAAAAAUGAAGAAAAAGCCCCAUCAAAAAAUGACGAAAAAAUCCACAAACCCCAAAAAAAUGAAGAGCAUGCCCCAUCUAUUUCAAAAAUAAUAACAUCAACAUGAAAUAUGUCACAAAAAUUGCCAGUCAAAAGACAAAGAUCAUUUGGAAUAGUAUCUCAAACAAUAAAAAAGGCCAAAAAAUACGAAUCGAUUAUUAACCACCUAAGCCGCAUUUCUAAUAGAGUCUCCUUGGUUAAUGAAUUGCAUUCAUUUAGAAUUUGGAAAAUUAGAAAAAAUAAUUUUAAUAAAACUAAUUCGUAA